GACUAGAAAGAAAGAAAUAAAUUCAACUAAGACGGCCAUUUCUCUCAUCGUACGGAUUCAUUCCUAUCGUCUCUCCUCUCACUACUCAGAUGCUUCCUUCUUCACUUUUUACCCUUUUUGAUUUCUUGAUUUUUGGUCUUUGAUUCGUACCUCUGCUUCUGUUUCCACCAACAAGAAGAAGAAGAAGAAGUAGAAGAAGAAGAAGAAAGCUUUAACCUUUACUCUAAAAGUUUCACCUUUUAUAUAUAUAUAUAUUUAUUUCCAUGUCUGCUUUGAGGCUCUGAGAUCGAAGAAACGAAUCAAUCUAUGGCGGAAGCAAGACGAUUUAGCCCUGUUAGUGAAUUAGAUGUUGGCCAAAUACUCUCUGAAGCACGUCACCGAUGGCUUCGUCCACCUGAAAUAUGUGAAAUUUUACAGAAUUACCAAAGGUUUCAGAUUUCUACCGAGCCACCUACUACACCAUCAAGUGGGUCUGUUUUUAUGUUUGAUCGAAAGGUGCUCAGAUACUUCAGGAAAGAUGGGCAUAAUUGGAGGAAGAAGAAAGAUGGAAAGACAGUGAAAGAAGCUCACGAGAGGUUGAAGGCGGGAAGCGUUGAUGUUCUACAUUGUUACUAUGCCCAUGGACAAGACAAUGAAAACUUUCAAAGACGCAGUUAUUGGUUGCUUCAAGAAAGAAACUGGGGAAGCCUUAACCAGUGAACACGAUGGUUAUGCUUCUUGCAGCUUCAAUCAAAAUGAUCAUAGCAAUCAUUCACAAACCACUGACUCAGCAAGUGUCAAUGGUUUUCACACUCCAGAACUUGAAGAUGCUGAAUCAGCAUACAAUCAGCAUGGAAGCUCCAUAGUUUACUCUCAUCAAGAACUUCAGCAGCCUGCAACUAGAGGGAACCUUACUGAUUUUGAUCCUUACUAUCAAGUAUCUUUGACGCCCAGGGAUAGUUAUCAGAAAGAGUUUCGCACAGUCCCCAUAACACAUUCUUCAGUUAUGGUAGACAAAAGCAAAACUAUAAACAGUCCUGGAGUGACAAAUGGGUUAAGGAACAAAAAAUCCAUUGAUUCCCAAACCUGGGAAGAGAUUUUGGGAAAUUGUGGUUCUGGAGCUGAAGGCUUACCUUUGCAGCCUAACAGUGAGCAUGAAGUGCUGGACCAAAUACUCCAAAGCUCUUCUUUUACUAUGCGAGAUUUUGCCAGUCUACAAGAGUCCAUGAUCAAAAGCGGGAAUCAGGAGUUAAAUUUAGGAGUUACAUCUGAUCAUACUGUGUGGUUCCAGGGACAAGAUAUAGAGCCUAAUGCUAUAAUCAAUCUAGCUUCAAAUGAAAAAGCUCCAUAUCUAUCCACGAUGAAACAGCAUCUGUUAGACGGUGCAUUGGGCGAAGAAGGUUUGAAAAAGAUGGACAGUUUCAAUCGCUGGAUGAGCAAAGAACUAGGAGAUGUUGGUGUUCUAGCUGAUGCAAACGAGUCCUUUACUCAAUCAAGUUCGAGAACCUACUGGGAAGAAGUUGAGAGUGAGGAUGGUUCCAAUGGUCACAACUCUAGGAGGGACUUGGAUGGAUAUGUUAUGAGUCCUUCCCUCUCUAAGGAACAGCUCUUUAGUAUCAGUGACUUCUCUCCAAGCUGGGCGUAUGUGGGUUGUGAAGUGGUGGUUUUUGUCACUGGAAAAUUCUUAAAGACUCGGGAGGAGGCUGAAAUUGGUGAGUGGUCUUGCAUGUUUGGGCAAACAGAAGUUCCAGCAGAUGUUAUAGCUAAUGGUGUUCUCCAAUGUGUUGCUCCUAUGCAUGAGGCUGGAAGAGUUCCGUUUUAUGUAACAUGUUCCAACAGAUUGGCAUGCAGUGAAGUGCGUGAAUUCGAGUAUAAGGUUGCGGAGACUCAAAUAUUUGACAGAGAAACAGAUGAUGAGUCCACUAUUGACAUUCUUGAAGCAAGAUUUGUUAAACUGUUGUGCUCGAAAUCUGAAAGCUCAAGCGCUGUUUCUGGGAAUGACAGUGAUUUGUCUCAAGUGAGCGAGAAGAUUAGUUUACUGCUUUUCGAGAACGAUGACCAGUUGGAUCAGAUGCUUAUGAAUGAAAUCUCCCAAGAAAAUAUGAAAAAGAAUCUUUUGCAGGAAUUUCUGAAAGAAAGCUUACACUCAUGGCUUUUACAAAAGAUAGCAGAAGGUGGAAAAGGUCCAAGUGUUUUGGAUGAAGGUGGCCAAGGUGUAUUACACUUUGCAGCUUCUCUUGGUUACAACUGGGCCUUAGAACCAACAAUACUUGCUGGUGUAAGCGUUGAUUUUCGCGAUGUAAAUGGUUGGACCGCACUUCAUUGGGCAGCUUUCUUUGGCAGGGAGCGGAUAAUUGGUUCACUCAUAGCUCUUGGUGCUGCUCCUGGAACUUUAACCGACCCAAAUCCAGAUUUCCCAUCAGGAAGCACACCUUCUGAUCUAGCCUAUGCUAAUGGUCACAAAGGAAUUGCUGGUUAUCUCUCGGAAUAUGCCUUAAGGGCCCAUGUUUCUUUGCUCAGUCUAAAUGAUAACAAUGCAGAAACUGUUGAGACUGCUCCAAGCCCAUCCAGCUCAUCUUUAACAGACUCGUUGACAGCUGUACGUAACGCUACUCAGGCAGCAGCACGGAUUCAUCAGGUUUUCAGGGCUCAGUCUUUCCAGAAGAAGCAAUUAAAGGAAUUUGGAGAUAGAAAGCUUAGAAUGUCGGAGGAGCGUGCUCUUUCAAUGCUUGCUCCUAAAACACACAAAUCAGGACGGGCGCAUAGUGAUGAUUCCGUGCAAGCCGCUGCUAUCCGGAUUCAGAACAAGUUCCGCGGUUACAAGGGAAGAAAAGACUAUUUGAUUACUAGACAAAGAAUCAUCAGAAUACAGGCUCAUGUGAGAGGUUAUCAGGUUAGGAAAAACUACAGGAAGAUAAUUUGGUCAGUGGGGAUAUUGGAGAAGGUGAUAUUGCGUUGGAGACGGAAAGGAGCUGGUUUGCGCGGGUUUAAGUCAGACGCACUUGUUGAUAAUAGGAUGCAAGAUGAAACAGAGAAAGAAGAAGAUGAUGAUUUUUUCAAACAAGGAAGAAAACAAACAGAGGAAAGGCUACAAAAAGCUCUUGCAAGAGUGAAAUCAAUGGUUCAAUAUCCUGAAGCUAGAGAUCAAUACCGUAGAUUGCUAAAUGUGGUCAACGAUAUCCAAGAAAGCAAGGUGGAAAAGGCUCUUGAAAAUUCAGAAGGAGCAACAUGUUUUGAUGAUGAUCUGAUAGAUAUCGAAGCAUUGUUGGGAGACGAUGACACAUUGAUGUUGCCUAUGUCCUCAUCUUUAUGGACCAAUUAGAAACCACUCUCAAGCUUUAUGUGAUGAUACUUGUCACAGUAUUAUUGACUCAGUAAACUUGUAAAUUCUUAUGUAAUCACUCUUCUCAUAUUCUGUAACUGCAUUCAUUACUCUCUAAUUUAAAUGAUAAUAUUUGAACAUUAA